AUGUCCCAUUCAGCCUUUAUCAUGACCAAUUCAGGUGAAAAAGAGAAGAAAUUUCGUGGUCUCGGCCGCUGGCUGGGGAAACGCGAUCACACUCCGGACCAUCCUGGAACCCUCCCUGAUUCCGCCUACGGUAGCAGCGAAGUCCCUAGUGCAGAAGGUGCUCGGGGGAGAAGCACGCCCGACAUGAUACCCGCCGAGAGGAAUAGCGAGAUAGCCAACAUCGAUCAAAACAGAAACCUCGCCCUGAAGCCAUCGACCGGUGAGGUUUUUGAUGAAGAUACCGGGGAAGUGGUAACGGUGGUGACCACCACUACCACCACUACCACCACCACGACUACAAGAGGUGGAAAGAAACACCAAGAUGUGCGAAAGGAUGUCAAACGAGAAGUCCAAUCUAGUGGUCCCAGCGGAUCACCCCUGCUAGAGAUACCAGGUGGAUCUCCUGGACCUGAACCCUCAUCGCAGCCUGCCGUCACUUCCACGAGCACUACUCAGAAUGGACAGCCUUCAGGAACGAGCCGGGAAAUACCCCAGUCCGACUCCCCGCCGAUCCCCGCCAAAAGUGCCAUGCGAGUGUCUGAUGUUCCCCGAGAUGCACCCAUAGACGACACGCCCGUAAGUCCAGCGGACGGUUCAUUCGCGGGACACACGGGGUCCGCAAACCCAAAUCACCCCUCGCGACCGAGUUUCAGCUAUCCUAGUCCAUCAUCCAUCCAGACGACCGAUCAGCCAAUGCGUCACAAUCAAGGCACGAUGAAUGACCUCAAAGCGGCAAUCAAAGGAAUUCAUGGUGUGGGCGAGACCCUUCGAGGAACCUUGAAUAGUACGAUCGACCGGCGAUUCCCGUCCAAAACCGCCGAGAAGGCCGCACGGGUCAAUGCGCAGAACGAAGAAGUCCUGGAGAAGGGCCGAGCCGAGAUAGAAGGCAUCCCAGGAAGCUGGCCGGCCCACGAUCCCCGGGAGAUGGCGGCAGCACCACCACCGCCACGAGUGAAUGGGCACUCGAGGAGCAAGCCCGGGAGUCUGGGGAAGAUGUUCAAGAGGAAACCAGUGGCGGAACCAGGUACGGAAGUGAGAUGA